AUGGGAUCUCAAGAUUUAGCUAGUUUAAUUGGGAGAUUUAAAUACGUUAGGGUGUUAGACUCAAACCCUCACACUAAGGUGAUCUCACUACUAGGCAGCAUAGAUGGGAAGGAUGCCGUGUUAACUGCUGAAAAGACGCAUUUUAUAUUUGACGAAACGGUACGCAGACCUUCUCAGAGUGGCCGUAGCACUCCGGUUUUUUUUCAUCGUGAGAUAGACGAGUACUCCUUUUUAAAUGGUAUUACUGACUUGAAGGAAUUAACUUCAAAUGACAUAUACUACUGGGGGUUGUCUGUUCUGAAGCAGCAUAUUUUGCAUAACCCAACUGCCAAAGUCAACUUGAUUUGGCCCGCUUCGCAGUUUCACAUCAAGGGAUACGACCAACAGGAUUUACAUGUGGUUAGGGAAACUCCUGAAAUGUAUAGAAAUAUAGUCGUGCCCUUUAUUCAGGAGAUGUGUACCAGUGAAAGAAUGAAAUGGGUGAACAAUAUUCUUUACGAGGGCGCUGAGGAUGAUAGAGUUGUUUACAAAGAGUACAGUGACAGGAAUAAAGAAGAUGGAUUCGUCAUCUUGCCCGAUAUGAAGUGGGACGGAAUCAACACCGAUUCACUAUACCUGGUAGCCAUUGUAUACAGGGACGACAUCAAAUCUUUGAGAGAUCUGAACCCAAAGCAUAGGGAUUGGUUAAUUAGACUAAAUAAAAAGAUUAAGACGAUCAUUCCCCAGCACUAUGACUAUAAUGUGAAUCCCGACGAAUUAAGAGUUUUCAUUCAUUACCAACCAUCAUAUUACCACUUUCAUGUCCAUAUAGUGAAUAUAAGACAUCCAGGAGUAGGCGAAGAGAGGGGCUCCGGAAUGACGAUACUGUUGGAAGACGUUAUAGAAGCGUUGGGCUUCUUAGGUCCUGAAGGUUAUAUGAAGAAAACUCUCACGUAUGUCAUUGGUGAAAAUCAUGAUUUAUGGAAAAAGGGUUUUAAGGAAGAAGUUGAAAAACAAUUGAAGCACGAUGGCAUCGCAACUAGUCCUGAAAAGCCUCUGGGUUCAACGCCAAUUUAG